CGACGCCGCGUGACGCUUACACACGGGCACCGAGCUCGAAACGCGAGGCAGCUCUCGCGCUCACGCUCGUGAGCAAAACAACGCGUUCGCAAACGCACACCGAUGCAUUUGAAUUUAUCGUGUCCGACCGGACCCGAGCGCUUCAGUCGAUGUCGGAGUUUUAUCUCUGGAUAUAAGCCGCAACAUCAUCACCGUCAGUUGAAAGGACAGACCUCAGCAAAGAGGCAAAUUAUGCCAGCAGUACCAGAGUCCCUGUCUCUGGUGACGUGCCAGGCUGUUGGUGAGACCCUCCGCUCCCUUGCCCCUGGCAGGGUGGACGCCCCGCUCAGGCCCACGCCCGCAUCAUGAGCGCCAACGGCCCCACUCCGCCUGCUGCGACCCCUGCAGCUGCGGUGGCCGUGCCCGUGUCCUCGGUGGUACCGGCGGGUUCGUUGGCCCAGAAGAAGCGGCAACAGUAUGCCAAGAGCAAAAAACAGGGCAGUUCGGCCAACACGCGGCCACAGAGAGCUCUCUUCUGCCUCAACCUCAACAACCCCAUCCGCCGGGCCUGCAUCAGCCUUGUGGAAUGGAAGCCAUUCGAUAUCUUUAUAUUGAUAGCGAUUUUUGCCAACUGCAUGGCCUUAGCUGUAUAUAUCCCCUUUCCUGAAGAUGACUCCAACUCAACCAACCACGACCUGGAAACAGUCGAAUAUGCCUUCCUUAUUAUUUUUACGAUCGAAACCUUCCUGAAGAUCAUAGCGUACGGCCUGGUAAUGCAUCAGAAUGCUUAUGUCCGAAACGGAUGGAACAUGCUGGAUUUUGUCAUUGUUGUCAUAGGGUUGUUUAGUGUUGUUUUGGAACUUUUGACCAAAGAUGGGGAGAAGGAGUCUGCUGGAUCCCACCCCUCGGCUGCGCACGGUCACGGAGGAAAACCUGGAGGUUUUGAUGUCAAAGCCCUCAGAGCGUUUCGAGUGCUGCGACCGCUUCGCCUGGUGUCAGGAGUGCCCAGUUUGCAGGUGGUGUUGAACUCCAUCAUAAAAGCCAUGGUUCCUCUCCUCCACAUCGCCCUGCUGGUUUUGUUCGUCAUCAUCAUCUAUGCCAUCAUCGGUUUGGAGCUUUUCAUUGGAAAAAUGCACGCUACGUGUUAUUUUCAAGGGACGGCAAUUACAGAAGACGAACCCUCGCCGUGUGCCGUUAACGGUCAUGGUCGCACGUGCCCCACCAACGGCACAGUUUGCAAAGAGGGUUGGCACGGCCCCAAUGGAGGCAUUACCAACUUCGACAAUUUCAUGUUCGCCAUGCUGACGGUGUUUCAGUGCAUAACCAUGGAGGGCUGGACGGAUGUACUUUACUGGAUGAAUGAUGCUAUGGGUCUGGAGCUACCAUGGGUGUACUUUGUGAGUUUGGUGAUCUUCGGUUCUUUCUUCGUCCUGAACCUGGUUCUGGGUGUUUUGAGCGGAGAGUUCUCUAAAGAACGAGAGAAGGCAAAAGCUCGCGGAGAUUUCCAAAAGCUUCGUGAGAAACAACAGCUAGAAGAGGAUCUGAAAGGAUACCUGGACUGGAUCACGCAGGCAGAAGACAUCGACCCUGAGAACGAAGAGGAUGAUGAAGAUAGUAAACGCAAUCCAAGCAUGCCAGCGAGUGAGACCGAAUCCAUGAAUACAGAACAUGAGAAAGAAGAUGAGAAGGCAACAUGUUGUGGCCCAACAUGUCAGAAAAUUUCAAAAUCAAAGUUCAGUCGGCGCUGGCGUCGCUGGAAUCGGUUAUGUCGGAGGAAUUGUCGUUUGGCAGUGAAAUCGGUGCCGUUCUAUUGGCUAGUGAUCAUUCUGGUGUUUCUCAACACGCUGACCAUCUCCUCUGAACAUUACAACCAGCCGAUGUGGCUCACACAAGUUCAGGAUGUAGCCAAUAAAGUGCUCCUGGCCCUGUUCACAUGCGAGAUGUUGGUAAAGAUGUACAGUCUGGGCCUGCAGGCUUAUUUCGUGUCGCUCUUUAAUCGCUUCGACUGCUUCGUCGUGUGUGGAGGCAUUACGGAGACGAUCCUGGUGGAGUUGGAAAUCAUGUCACCUCUGGGCAUCUCAGUGUUUCGAUGCGUGCGGCUACUCAGGAUCUUUAAAGUCACACGUCACUGGCAGUCUCUCAGUAACCUGGUGGCGUCUCUGCUAAACUCAAUGAAGUCCAUCGCCUCUCUGCUGCUGCUGCUCUUCCUCUUCAUCAUCAUCUUCAGCCUCCUCGGGAUGCAGGUCUUUGGCGGGAAGUUUAAUUUUGACGAGACGCAGACGAAACGAAGCACCUUUGAUAACUUCCCACAGGCCUUGCUUACUGUGUUUCAGAUCCUAACCGGAGAAGACUGGAACGCCGUCAUGUAUGAUGGCAUUAUGGCGUAUGGUGGGCCAUCGUCAUCUGGAAUGAUUGUUUGCAUCUACUUUAUCAUCCUCUUUAUCUGUGGAAACUACAUUCUUCUGAAUGUGUUCUUGGCUAUCGCUGUGGAUAACCUGGCGGACGCAGAGUCUUUGAACACAGACACUGAUGAUAAGAAGAAAGGGGAUGAAAUUGAUGAAAUUGAAGAUGAUGUCAAGGCUGGAGAGGAGGAUGAGAAGGACAAUGCAGAGGAAGAUGAAGAGGAUGCGGACGUUCCAGCAGGACCCCGCCCACAGAUCUCAGAGCUUGUUAAGAAGGAGAAAAUCACUCCAAUCCCAGAGGGCAGUGCGUUCUUCAUCUUUAGCAACACAAACCCAUUUCGAGUUGCAUGUCACAAACUGAUAAACCAUCACAUCUUCACCAAUCUUAUUCUGGUCUUCAUCAUGCUAAGCUCCGCCUCCUUGGCAGCAGAGGAUCCAAUCAGAAACUUCUCUUUCCGCAACAUUAUACUUGGUUACUUUGACUAUGCCUUCACUGCUAUCUUUACUGUAGAGAUCGUGUUGAAGAUGACCACGUAUGGUGCGUUUCUCCACAAGGGGGCGUUCUGCAGGAACUACUUUAAUCUGCUGGAUUUGCUGGUGGUUGGUGUGUCUCUGGUCUCCUUUGGUAUUCAAUCAUCUGCCAUCUCAGUGGUGAAAAUCUUGAGAGUUUUGAGGGUGCUGCGUCCGCUCAGAGCCAUCAACCGAGCUAAAGGACUAAAGCAUGUUGUCCAGUGUGUGUUUGUGGCCAUCAGGACUAUUGGUAACAUCAUGAUUGUCACUACACUACUGCAGUUCAUGUUCGCUUGCAUUGGCGUACAGCUCUUCAAGGGGAAGUUUUAUCGCUGCAACGAUGAAGCCAAAUCAAGUCCAGAGGAGUGCAAGGGAACUUAUAUCUUGUAUAAGGAAGGGGAUGUGAACCAGCCAAUCAUUCAGAAGCGUCACUGGCACAACAGCGAUUUCAACUUUGAUAACGUGCUCAUGGCCAUGAUGGCUCUGUUCACAGUGUCCACGUUUGAAGGCUGGCCAGCGUUGUUGUACAAAGCAAUCGACUCCAACCGCGAGAACAUGGGCCCGAUCUACAACUACCGUGUGGAGAUUUCCAUCUUCUUCAUUAUCUACAUCAUCAUCAUCGCCUUCUUCAUGAUGAACAUCUUUGUGGGUUUCGUCAUCGUGACCUUUCAGGAGCAGGGAGAAAAGGAAUAUAAAAACUGUGAACUGGACAAAAACCAGCGUCAGUGUGUAGAGUAUGCAUUGAAAGCGCGUCCUCUCAGGCGGUACAUCCCGAAGAACCCAUAUCAGUAUAAGUUCUGGUAUGUGGUGAACUCCACCGGUUUCGAGUACAUCAUGUUUGUCCUGAUUUUACUCAACACCAUCUGUCUCGCAGUCCAGCACUAUGGUCAAUCUGAGCUGUUUAACUACGUGAUGGACAUUCUAAACAUGGUGUUCACCGCUGUGUUUACAGUGGAGAUGGUUCUCAAAUUAAUUGCUUUUAAACCCCGGAUCUGCGUUCAGAAGAAGGACAGAAUGCUAGGGUAUUUUGGAGACGCCUGGAACGUCUUCGAUGCAUUGGUUGUGAUCGGCAGCAUUGUAGACAUAGUUCUCAGCGAGAUUGAUCAUUAUUUCACUGACGCAUGGAACACGUUUGACGCCUUAAUAGUUGUCGGUAGCGUGGUAGAUAUCGCUAUCACUGAAGUCAACCCCACAGAGGCACCUCAGGUGGAUGAGGCGGGGAACACAGAAGACAGCGCUCGCAUCUCUAUCACCUUCUUUCGGCUUUUUCGAGUAAUGCGAUUGGUCAAGCUGCUGAGCAGGGGUGAGGGCAUUCGAACCCUCCUCUGGACCUUCAUCAAGUCCUUCCAGGCCCUGCCAUAUGUGGCUUUACUGAUAGCAAUGCUGUUCUUCAUCUAUGCCGUGAUCGGCAUGCAGGUGUUUGGCAAGAUCGCGAUGGUGGACCACACACAGAUCAAUAGAAACAACAACUUCCAGACUUUUCCUCAAGCCGUACUGCUGCUGUUCAGAUGUGCAACAGGUGAAGCCUGGCAAGACAUCAUGUUGGCAUGUAUGCCGGGAAAACUGUGUGACCCGGAAUCCGAAUAUAAUAAAGGGGAAGAGUUCACCUGUGGAAGCAACUUCGCCAUUAUAUACUUCAUCACUUUCUACAUGCUCUGCGCCUUCCUGAUCAUUAACUUAUUUGUGGCUGUCAUCAUGGACAACUUUGACUAUCUGACUCGUGAUUGGUCGAUUCUGGGUCCACAUCACCUUGACGAAUUCAAGAGGAUUUGGUCAGAGUAUGAUCCAGAGGCCAAAGGUCGAAUAAAACAUCUGGAUGUGGUGACGCUGUUACGCCGCAUUCAGCCUCCGCUCGGCUUCGGCAAACUCUGUCCUCAUAGAGUCGCCUGCAAGAGAUUGGUUGCGAUGAACAUGCCUCUAAAUAGCGAUGGGACCGUCAUGUUUAACGCAACACUUUUUGCUCUUGUGAGAACUGCCUUAAAGAUCAAAACAGAAGGUAAUCUAGAGCAAGCUAACGAAGAGCUCCGGGCCGUUAUUAAGAAGAUCUGGAAGAGAACCAGCAUGAAACUUUUGGAUCAAGUGGUGCCCCCUGCUGGUGAUGAUGAGGUAACCGUGGGGAAGUUCUAUGCCACUUUCCUGAUACAGGACUACUUUAGGAAAUUCAAGAAACGCAAGGAAGAAGGUCUGGUGGGCGUCCACCCGGCUCAGAACAACACGGCCAUUGCACUACAGGCCGGCCUCCGUACGCUGCAUGACAUUGGGCCAGAAAUUCGGCGCGCGAUAUCGUGUGACCUGCAGGAUGACGAGCUAGUUGACUUUUUACCAGAGGAGGACGAAGCAAUUUAUAGGCGAAACGGUGGACUGUUUGGCAACCACAUCAAUCAUAUAAACGGAGACCCUCGGAGGAGCUCCGGUCACCAGACGAACGCCACCCAGCGCCCCCUGCAGGUGCAGCCACCUCCACAUUACGCCCACAUGGAGCAACCCGUGGGGCGGCUGGGUCGCGCCAACGCCAUGGCACAGCAAAACCACCAUCGCCAUCACCACCAUCAUCAUCACCAUCAUCAUAACAAUUCUUACAACAAGUCGACCAACGUCAACCUCAACAAUGCCAACGUUUCCAGUUUACCCAAUGGAGGACACAAUCGGUACUACGAGCACAUGCCAGCCAAUGGCUACCCGGGAUCGUAUUAUGGAGAACAUGACAAGCCCAGAAGCCCUCGUGGCCAGAGAAGGCGCUACUAUGAGACCUAUAUUAGGUCCAAUGGCAGCGACAGAAGACGACCAACUAUACGCCGUGAAGAGGACUGCGAUGAAGAUCGCUACUCUGCGGAGUACUACAGCGGAGAGGAGUUUUGCGAGGAUGACAGCAUGCUGUCGGGUGAUAGGUACCCCAACAGUGACCAGGAGUAUGAGACACCGCGGGGUUACCAUCAUCCUGAUAGUUACUAUGAUGAUGAUGAGCAGCCCCUUUAUCAUGAUUCACAUAGAUCGCCAAAGAGACGAUUACUUCCUCCUACACCACAAGGUCAUCGGAGGCCAUCAUUUAAUUUUGAGUGUCUGCGCAGGCAGAACAGUCAAGAUGACCUUCCUCACCAGCGUACUGCUCUUCCGUUACAUCUCAUGCAACACCAGGUGAUGGCAGUAGCAGGUCUGGACUCAAGCAGGGCUCAUAGGCUUUCACCUACAAGAUCUACCAGAUCAUGGGCGUCACCUCCACCCACUCCUACGAGUAAAGAUCGAACGCCCUACUACACGCCUCUUAUCCGAGUGGACCGUCCUCUGAGAGACGGCGCGAGCGGCAGUCACACAUCUGUCAGAAAGAGCUCGUGGUAUACAGAUGACCCCGAGCAGAGAAACUACUCACCCAUUCACCUGCAGGUCCCACCUGAGUACAGAAACCAGUAUCAUCAAAAGAGAGGCAGUGCCACCAGUCUGGUGGAGGCGGUCUUAAUAUCAGAAGGAUUGGGCCGAUACGCCAAAGAUCCAAAAUUUGUGGCUGCCACAAAGCACGAGAUUGCAGACGCUUGUGAGAUGACUAUAGACGAAAUGGAAAGCGCCGCCAGCCAUCUCCUGAACGGCACCAUCACGCCGACAGUCAACGGCGUCAACGUUUUUCCCAUACUGGCCCACAGAGACUACGAGCUACAAGAUGUGACUGCUAGCUACAGCGACGAAGAACCAGAGCCCGAACCUCGGCUGCGGUACGAGGAGGACCUGGCGGACGAAAUGAUAUGCAUUACUACGUUAUAGCAUUUGACUAGCGGCUGCUGCUAAUAGUUUUCAUCGAGAACCGAUCAAACGAAAAUAAAGUAUAUUUAUUGGCUUACUACCUAAAGAAGUGCCUUUACAGCGAAAGAGAAAGGCACCGAAAGAAUGGACGCGUUGGUUUCGCCCACUUCCUGUUUUCACAGGAAGUUGCUGUCACAGCGCCAGGAAGGAAAAGGUGAUCGUGGGGACUUCACUUAAUCGGAAGUGAAUUUUUAUUGUCACUCCAGGAAACGGACAAUUGAGCAGCGAGGUGAGGUACAAAGGGGCGGGCUGUUUCCAAGGUGAUGACAAUCAGAGCGAAUAUGUCAUUACCUCAGUCACUUUAAGGGUUUUGCAUAUCAAGCACGUUGCAAGCUCAAUGCAAGCUAAGUAUGGCAUAUCCCUCCUCGAAGGCUUUAGUUUGAAGUUACGACCCAUACUUUAUUUUAGUAACGAUAAGGUAAACUGCAUAUUUUAGAGAUCAAACGCUAAUAAUACAACACUGGUUUACAAUAAGGAUAUCAUGCAGGUUUGCGGUGAACUGGAUCGAUUUUACAAGAAGAUUUCAGCAUUUGCGUUGAAUGCACUAGCAGGCAGGUUAUUUUUUUAAUUUAGGAUAGCCUGUUUGAUAUUUCAUAAUAUAUGCUGUAAAUGACUUGUAAUAUAAAGCAAAGGAACUUUGUAAAGAGACAUAUAUUUUGUAAUUAUGUACUGUACAAAAAAGAUCAGCAAUAUAUUAAUCCUAAUUGAUGUUAUUGCAUUACGAAAAGAUGACAUUUGGUGUUAUUUUAAUAGGUACUGUACCUUAUUAAAUCCUCUGCCUUUAUUCUUUGCUCAUAUGCAUUUCUCGUUUGUGAAAAACUGAACAAAAAAGCCAAUUUUUUAUGAGGUUAUGUCUGUGACACCCGCACAAGAUAUGCAAGUCGUUUCUUCUUUCUUUCGAUGUCCGUUUCGAAAGCGUAACCAGUGUUCCUUGAAAAUCUACGGCAUGCAGUUUGGGUCAACCUCCUUUAAGAGGAUUUUAGUAGGGCUUUACAGAAUAGUGUCUUAAUUGUGUUCUCGUUUGUGUCCAUCGUAAGGGUUCGUGCGAGUUUCAUUGCAUAUUUUGUGCAGGGGAGGUGCGCAGAAAGGUGCAAUGGUAAAAUGCUUUGUGCAUUAACGAUGCUGCUUAAUAAGUCUGCGAUUUAUACGACCCUCGCCAGAAAAAUGCUGCCACACGGAGAAGCCUACAGUAGCUGAUCUAUGAAUAUUCCCCUUGUACUGCACAGGGAAACCCAAAGCUAAUUUCGGAUCAGCAAUUAAAUUCCACCAACAGCGUUGGGUGCUUUGUGCCCUGAUGGGACGGAUUGAAAUCUUCCUUUAAGUUUUAUAAUGAUGGUUAUGAUGAUGAUGAUAAAGAGGAUUAUGACCAAAAUAUGAGUUUUAGGUUCCAGUCAUGCAUUUUUAAAGGGACAGCUCGCUCAAAAUGGUCUCAUUUGUCAUUAUUUAUUCAAACAUGUAUGUUAAAUUUCAGUCUAUUCAUUACACUAAAGGCCAAUUUCUACUUCUGCGCCAAGUGUACGCCCUAGCCUACAUCGUAUAGCAGCCGAUGCCGUUGUGAACAGGGCUCGUUAUAGUUGUGCAUUGGUCCUACGGCGUAGGUUCCGCGUCGGUUUUCAUUUAUACUUUUGCGUCGUCGUCCGCGUCACCAUGCAAACACAUGCGCCGCCGCUGGUAGCAGUAUCCAUGCGUGUAACCACAGUAGGGGCGUGACCGUCAAUGAAGAAGCAGCUUGGCAAGUUAACCCACAAACGAAGAAGAAACAGCAACUUGUUGUAUAUGAUUUGAGAAGACCAGCAAUUACGGAAGUAAAUAAACAGCGACUUUUGUUGCAGUUUAAGUUAAAUCACUCCUCAACUUGGCUCAUCUUUGUUUUCACCGUCGCAAACGGAAAUAUCUAUGACGCAGUUUUUUACCUGACGGGAGGGGUUCUGGUGGACCAAUCAUAACGCUUGCGGUCCGCGUAGAACUGACGCGCUGUUUAAAAUUUUGCGAGGUGCACGUCAGGCUACGCAGAGCUACGCACAGGCUACGGAUAACCUAUGGGGUAGCUACGGCGUAGAGCUUAUGCACGACUAUAAAUUGGCCUUUAUACUUCUGCGUCGCUCUGCAAUUACACUGCCAAAACACUAGUUGGCGGUGUUCAGUUUCUUUGCCGCUGUUUUGAGUUUAGACCACUACAAAAAAUGGUGACAGAAAUUGAGUGAAUUAUGUUGGAGUUGGAGCUGAUUGAAAAGCACGUUUAAUGAAAUUACUUUUAAUGAAUUAAUUUUAAAAAAUGCAAAAACAACUCAGCAUUGGAAAUGCAUUGGGAGAAAUGCAAGCCGACCAAUCGUAGAUCUUGCAGUCUGCUUUGUGUAGUUAUAUUUUUGAGGAGCUGUGCGUAAAGGCAGAUGUAUAGUCCAUUGUUUACGUGUACGCGAGCGUCUGCAUACAGUGCGCAUGUAGUGUAUGUGCGCACGUAGUGUACGUGCACUGCCCGAUUUUUUUAAUUGUAAGCAUACGCAGAAUUGUAAGCAUAGCGCCUACAGGAGAAUAUAGUAGGUAGUCCAGGAGAUGCAUUGCGUUUUGGCCAUAGACUGUAAAAAAAAGUGGGGAGACGCCUGUUUGCUCUCUUCCAUUUGUGAAAAUUGAAGCCGCCAGUGUCGUUAUAAGGCGCUGACAUCUUGGGUGUUGAGUCUGCGCAGUAGCGAUUUCAGGACCAGUCCUGCGUAGUAGUGAGCAGGAAGUAAAGCUGUGAAAUCAAGGCCCCGCCCUCGCUCUCGCAGAAUGCGUAAAUCACAGCUGUCAAUCAUGACGUCACACAACUGUUUCUAUAGCAUUGAAUAAUUAACUUAAAACAAACUUAUUUUAAAAACAAACACUCGAAUUUACAUCAGAGUGAUAAAAACUACAGUAAAUGACAGAAACCAGCUUUGGAAAAAAGAUAAUUGAAGUGUAAUUAAAUUGUUUAGUUGGUCUCAAGUCCCAUUGAAUAACAUUGGGAGGCGGGGUUUAUGACCUAUACUGGGACCAGACACUGGGGGGCGAUCGAGACGUUUUGGCUUCACUUUUCAGUUUCAGCUUUCAGCUUGUGCGGCACGCUUGGUUUUGGCGCAUGCGUUGAAUGUCUGUGCACACUAUACUUUGCAAGGCCGUGCUUUCGACCGUGCGCGUACGUCAGCAGCAAUGGAGACGGCAUACACAAAAAUGCGUAGGCUACCGCGCAUUUACUUCAUACACUCAACGCAGAAGUAUAAAGAUA